UGGGAGAACCCGGCCGGCGACAAGUUCUUCAAGCAGCAGCGCCAUAAGGCCGACAACCCCGACGACCAGCUGACCCAGGCGUUCUACGACAUGAUGAAGAGGAUCGGCAAGGAGAUGCAGAAGUGCACCGGGGCGCUCAAGAUCAAAACGGCCGGCUGGGGCAAGCCGCAGAUCCUCGACAUGGGCAUGGCACCAGGCGGCUUCCUCGCCGUGGCCAUGGAGCUCAAUCCGGGCGCCCACGCAAUGGGCUUCAGCCUGCCCGAGCCCGCAGGCGGCCAUAAGGUGAUGCUGCCCAACGACCCCAACAUUGACCGCCGGGACCUGGAUGUCACGAUGCUUGCGGAGGACCUCGGCGUCACAGCGAUCCCCUCGAACCACCCGGACGCCGGCAGAUUUGUGCCGCGGCAGUUCACGGCCAACCAGCAGCAGUUCGACCUCGUCAUCUGUGGUGGCGCCGUGGUGCGCAAGCAGGAGCGCGCCAGCUACCGCGAGGCCUACGAGGCACACCGGCUGUCGGCGAGCCAGCUCGCGCUCGGCCUCGAGCGGCUCCGGCCGGGCGGGACGAUGGUGGUGCUGUUCCACAAGGUCGAGACGUGGGGCACGGCGAGGGAGCUGUACGCGUUUGACGGGUUCUCGCGCGUGCGGCUCUUCAAGCCGACGACGGGCCACAACAAGCGCUCGUCGUUCUACAUGGUCGCCACCGACGUGCAGAGCCGACACGCGCGGGCGCUGCGGGCGGUGGCGCGGUGGAAGGGCAUCUGGGAGGCCGCGACGUUCCGGGCGGAAGGGGAGCUGCUGAAGGCGAUGGGGUCAGGCGAGCCGGGCGUGGAGGAGCUGCUGAGGGAGUUUGGCGAGCAGAUGGUGAGGAGGGGGAGAAAGGUGUGGAAGAUCCAGGCGGAUGCGCUCGAGCGUGCGCCGUUCAUGAGAGACAAGCGAGACGGAUCGGACAAGGUAGCAUGAGGAGUCGGAAGCGGACAGCUUAUCGCAACCCUUGUGAGUUUGGGUAUUCGUCCCGUAUUCUGUCAAUAAUGAGAAGACGUGUGUGUGUGUGUGUGUGUGUGUGUGCGCGCGCGCGCGUGUAUGAUGAAAGAUACUCCGGGUCCGAACCGGGCUAACAUCCAGGCUUGGCUUCAGAGGCUACCACGCUGUACCUACAUCGUAGUGCUGAAGUGUGUGAGCGUGUUAGAGUUCGACGCCGUUGAGUCAGGAUGGAUCGGUCCGAGGUCGAUGCUACCCCAUAGAGUUCUCAGGAGAGACGUGGUUGGUC